CGGAAAUGGAAGCGCGGAUAAAGAAGCUGAACCGUCAAAACAUAAACAGAGCCGUCAACCUUGCGUGGACGCUGGUGGCGAACCCUCCUCGCCAGUCUCAUGUCGCGCGUGGACCGCCAGAGAAACCCCAGUCGAGCCACUUAGCUCGACGGCCGAGUUGUGAGUUGUGGAAGAAUAAAAAUCUGCAGUUGAAAGAGUAGGACUGAGCAGCGAGAAGUGCGCCUCGCCGGGCCUUCGAGUAGAGGUUCCCCUCGGGUCGACGCAGGACGAAGGAGACGGAACAAUGGCUGAGCCUGACGGCAAAGCCACUGCGCUUAACGGUGGCUCCGAUGAGAAGGAACCCGGAGAAGAUCAACACGAGGAGGCAGACGCGUCCGGAAGCAGAGCAGGACAACCACAGUCUUCCUCUGAAGACGCUCCCAAAGAAAGAGGAGAGACGUCUGGGGACAAGCCCAUGCCAGACGUGGAAGGCGAGACAGGCACAAACGGAGAUGGAGAGGAGGAGGAGGAGGAGGAAGACACAGACAGCAUGGAUGGCAGUGGCCUCUACUCCCUGACUGAGGACGGUGAAAGAGAAAGCGAGGGAGGCAGACACGAGAGGCCAAGGAAUAAAGAUGGUGGAAAAAGGGCGGCAAGAAAGAGAAAUAGACCAGGCGGUGGCACCAACCACUCUUCCAGCUCAGACGAGGACGACGACGAGGAUGAAGAGGAAGAACAUAAAGAUGACGAAGACGACGACGAGGCCAUGGAAGCGUGGCUCGGAGCGGAGCUCUGUGAUCUCCGCGGGCCUACGUGGCGAGCGAUACCCUCGCUGUGCUCCAGGGAGAUCGGCAGGGACUCGCGCCAGUUUGUGCGGCGAGUGUGCGGAGCCCGAGGCCUCGUGCAGAGGCUGGAGCUCCAGGGCCGCCUGGAGAAGCACACGGGCUGCGUCAACACUUUGCACUUCAACCCCUCGGGCACGCGCCUGGCGUCGGGCAGCGACGACCUGCGAGUCGUGAUCUGGGACUGGGCCGUCCGCCGCGCCGAGCUGGAGUUUGACAGCGGCCACAAGAGUAAUGUCUUUCAGGCAAAGUUCCUGCCUCACAGCGGAGACUCCACGUUGGCCAUGUGUGCUCGGGACGGUCAGAUCAGAGUGGCUGAGCUCUCUGCCACACAGCGCUGCAAGAACACCAAGCGGGUAGCACAGCAUAAAGGCGCCGCACACAAGCUGGCCCUCGAGCCAGAUUCGCCCUGCUCCUUCCUGUCUGCUGGAGAGGACGCUGUGGUGUUUGGAAUUGACCUGCGUCUAGACCGUCCCGCCAAUAAACUGGUGGUUGUGAAGGAGGGAGAUAAAAAAGUCGGGCUGUACACCAUCUAUGUGAACCCGGCAAAGACACACCACUUUGCUGUGGGCGGGAGAGAUCAGUAUGUGAGGAUCUAUGACCAGAGGAAGAUUAAUGAGAACGAUAACAAUGGGGUACUGAAAAAGUUUUGCCCUUCACAUCUGGUAUCCAGUGAGUCCAAAACCAACAUAACCUGCCUGGUGUACAGUCAUGACGGCACAGAGCUCUUGGCCAGUUACAACGAUGAGGACAUCUACCUGUUUGACUCCAACCACAGCGAUGGGGCAGACUAUCGCAGGAGAUACAAGGGACACCGCAACAAUGCCACAGUGAAGGGGGUGAACUUCUACGGGCCGUGCAGCGAGUUUGUGGUCAGUGGCAGUGACUGCGGACACAUCUACCUGUGGGACAAGUACUCUGCACGCAUCGUCCAGUUCAUGGAGGGAGACAGAGGAGGAGUGGUGAACUGUCUGGAGCCUCAUCCCCACCUGCCUGGCAUGGCCACUAGUGGGCUGGACCACGACAUCAAACUGUGGGCCCCCACUGCUGAAAGCCCCACAGGACUCAAGGGUCUAAAGGAGGUGAUGAAGAAAAACAAGCGGGAGCGUGACGAGGACAGCGUGCGCCAUGGCGACCAGUACGACGCGCAGCUGCUGUGGUUCCUCAUGAGACACAUGAGGAACCGGCGGCCCACGAGGGCUCGUCGUGAGGGUGCAGACCCGGACUCGGACGAGUCCUGGAGCUCUCCAGAUUCCUCUGAUGAAGAGGAAGGAGGUCCAGACCACGUCCAGUGCAUGUCCUCCUGAGCCACACACACACACACAAACACACACACACACACACACACACACACACACACACACACACACACACACACACACACACACACACACACACACACACACACACACACACACACACACACACACACACACACACACACACUCUUUAUUGCCCUUGAAUUGAUGCACAUAGGCAAGCACUAUUGACACACUGGCACACUCAAACACUGACGAGCCACAGAGCCACAGACUUUGGGUGUUUUGUUUUACACACGUACAAUCUCUCACAGACAGACACACACAUUUACUUAAAAACGCGUUUGAGGCAAAGUGAUGUUUUAACGCCUGGUUUCCCUGGCACAGUUUCGAGUGUGCACACGACAAACUCGGUCUGCAAAGAAGUUUAAGUGUGCGCUUGCAUCCCUGUAAACCACUUGGACGCCCCCCAGCUUUGUCCAUGCGUUAUAUAUAUGCUCCAUCUAGCCCCGGAACUUUGUACUGUGCGUGUACAGCAACAAGCACCUCCGACUUUUUAGGCAACCCCGUCGUAAGCUACACAUCACCAGCACACGAUCCCUCCUCUCUUAGUAACACGCUUUUCUGUGCUGAUGAAGAGGGGUUCAGCAGGGCGGAAGGGUGUAGACCCGUACCCUCGAACCAUCCCCGAAAUGUGACCUCCUUUAAACGUUUGAAUUUUUGCGAGGGAAGCCCCCCGGUGGCCCUCGCUGCAGCGUCCCCUGCCUCAUUCUGAUUUCUGGCCCCGGAGCUCGAGCAGUUAGUUGCAUUUAUCACACGUUUGCUCCCAGAGGACUGCGAAAUCUCUUCAUGCUGCAUCACCCUACAUGCUGCCCUGAGCUACUCCCUCCCCACCCCUCCUCUUUCCAUCGCCCUCCCCUCACUACUGAGUGCACUUUGAAUCAGGGAUGCUUUAGUUUGAGAUGCAGACAAAACGUGCAUUCUGCGUGUCAUUUUUUGGGGGGUCAGAGAAGGGAAGAGCAGUUGUCUUGCCUUCAAUAUCAUUGGAAAAAUCAAAGUGGAGUUUAGUUUCUUUUCCUUUUUUUUGAGGGGGUAUUUUGCACUAGAUUUCUUCUUGAUCGAGGAAGUUCCCGUUUGCUUCCACCAGCCUUCCCUCUUCCUUCUCCUCCCACUCACUCUCCAUCCUGACACCCAUCUUUGACAGGAAAUCCUAAAGGGGCAGUAAAUGAUAUUAAAGCAAUACAGCAGAUAUUUCCUCACAGUCAGUUAGCUGUCAGUUCUGUGUGUGCGGCGAAAACAAGAAAAUGGUGCGAGCCGCACCAGACAACAUUGAGUGUGCCGUUUCUAAACAUCACUGGCCGACAUUUUAAGAGACGUGCCGGCGAAUGUCGCUAGGAUUCAGGGCUUUUGGCCUAGCGGUUAGCGCGUCUGUCUCCCAUACCCGAGGCUGCGGGUUUGCGGUCUGGCCAGAGCAGUAAAAUCACAACAACAAAGAGAGAAAGAAGCUUUCUCCAGAAUUGCAUACUGCCCCUUUAAAAUUCACCUCUCACUGAACAUGAAAGCCGAGAAGUAGAUGGUGUACAGCAUGUGCGUAGGAAACAAGGAUGGAAUUUGGGCUUGAGAUUUGUUUGUCUAAAGAGCAGAACUGACCUGGAUCAAUCGCAAGUGAAACGCAGUCUAUGAGCCUGGAGUAAUAAUAAUAGAUUCCACUUGUUCAUGCGGUACUUUAAAAUCCGUCUGCGAUGCUAAACACCUCCGAUCAUUUGCUGAGUGACAUUUUUCAGAGAAGCAUUUUGAACCAGUUUGGAUGUUUGUAGCCAGCACAAUACUUGUGAGGAAACUUCUGUCUGCGCUGUUUCAACAUCGGCUCAAAGAGGAGGACGGGGGGGGGGUCGGCAGGGGUCAAUAUGCUUGCCAGUCAUUUGUUAUGUGAGAGCGAUAAAGUCCAGCUUUUCUCAUUUUCUAUGAGAACUCUAGUUAGAAGAAUUUAUAUGUACAUAUAUAAAUAUAUAUUAAAACUGUACAAAAAAAAGAAGAAAAAAAAAUACUUUAGCAAAUGCUGUUUGACUUCAAAGAAGAAAAAAAUGUUGAAACAUUUGAUUGGUAUUGAUGCAGAGGUUAUAUAUUCUUUACGAUGACAAAGUACUUUUAAAUUCCAGAUAAAAACAAAACACUCGAGGCAACAUGUUUCCUUUAAUGAACGACAUCCCUCUGUUUAUGAACAGAAUCGCUGUCAUUUCAAAAGUAUUGACGUUUUGAUUCUAUUCUAUAAAACAAAACAGUAUUUCCUUUCUAUAUGUUAAUCCUUCAUUUGAGACAGUUAUAUCCAGAAUUUUCCCACUGGCUAUUUUUGGCAUCUUGUAUACAUAAUGAGGCUUUUUGAUGGACAUUUUUCUUCCACCACUGCCUCAUUGCAUUCUACCAGUUCAGUCUGAAAUAUGUGCGAUUCGUGCAAUAAACAAAAAGACAGUGCUCCUCA